CGCUCCCCCUCAAAUGGUUGAGCACUCGCUGCAGUGAUUGGAAGGUUUUGGUCUGGAAUUAUCUCGUCUCGCGCAGGACUGGGUAUGUGCGCUUGAUCAAAUGACAUAGUCGGAGCCUGAAACAUAGCAAGGAGAGCUGGGCCGAAGUACAGAAUUUUUGGAAAAUAUACACAACAUUUUGCAACUUCAAUACGAAAUAUAUAGAUAUAAGGGAGUAAACCCCCUGAACCAAAAGGAUUGGCCACAUCUGCUGGAGAAAAAGGUCUCCAUGGUGCCAUGCUGGAUUUCUGUCUCAGCAUCAAUAUGUUCUCUAUCCCUAUGGAUCUGUAUGACCCCCUGCACCAAUGCUGGUCUCUCUACAAGCUUCCUCAACAUGCCCCCGCACCAUGGAUCCCCCAGUGAGGGUUUCCAACCGAGGUAGCCUGUGAGAAGAAAGAUUUGAGUUUUUAGUUUUUGUGCCAUCCUCCCUCACCCACUCGCCUCCCCCGUACAUAUUCACCCGUACCUCCACUCCCCCAACGGGGGAAAACUAUGCUCCUGUUCUCCCUGAGCUGAACCAGGAAGGGACAGGACGAGGCACACCAUCAGAGCCCACAGGGGUGACCACCAGUGACCAACAAGCUCCCACAGAGCGCAGUCCAGCCCAGUCAAGUCUCAACAAGUCACUGUGCCAAGAUGACAGUGCUUCCCUUUUACAUCGCUGCGGUGGGAGUCUGCAUCCUACUGGUGAUCAGAGCUGAAGGUAUUCAAACUGGUCAGAAUCCAGACCACAUGCUCCACGGCACCGGGCACAAGCAUGAGUCCAGGAAGCCCGGGGACGACACCACGGUGGCCCCAGAGGACGCCGCCCGCUUUCUGAGCUGCUACUGCUCGGGUUACUGUCCAGAGGACCACAAAAAUAACACCUGCGAGACGAAUGGACAAUGUUUUGCCAUCAUAGAGGAGGAUGAGAACGGAGAAGCUAUUCUGACCUCUGGCUGCAUGAAGUAUGAAGGCUCACAUUUUCAAUGCAAGGAUUCGCCCAGGGCUCAGACAAGGCGAACGAUCGAAUGCUGCGGGACGGACUUCUGUAAUCGGGACCUGCAGCCCACGUUACCUCCCCCAAUGGACACUGGUUCCUACUUUGGCAGUGCCCACUGGCUGGCGUUCCUUAUAUCAAUGACCGUAUGCUGCUGCACUCUCAUCUGCAUCACAGUAGUCUGUUACUACAGGUACAAGUGGCAGACGGAGCGGCAGCAGUACCACCGGGACCUGGAGCAGGACGAGGCCUUCAUCCCUGUGGGAGAGUCUCUCAAAGACCUCAUCAACCAGUGUCAGUCUUCUGGCAGUGGCUCUGGGCUCCCCCUGCUGGUGCAGCGCACCAUUGCCAAGCAGAUCCAGAUGGUGCGUCAGAUCGGCAAGGGGCGCUACGGCGAGGUGUGGCUGGGCCGCUGGCGGGGAGAGAAGGUGGCCGUCAAGGUGUUCUUCACCCGGGAGGAGGCCAGCUGGUUCAGAGAGACCGAGAUCUACCAGACAGUCCUCAUGAGGCACGAGAACAUACUGGGUUUCAUAGCGGCAGACAUCAAGGGUACCGGGGCCUUCACCCAGCUCUUCCUCAUCACAGACUACCAUGAGAACGGCUCCCUGUACGACUACCUGAGGUUCACCACGCUGGACACCCAGAGCCUGCUGCGACUGGCCUACUCCGCGGCCUGCGGCCUGUGCCACCUCCACACGGAGAUCUACGGCACCCAGGGCAAGCCGGCCAUCGCCCACCGAGACCUGAAGAGCAAGAACAUCCUGAUGAAGAAGAACGGCACCUGCUGCAUCGCCGACCUGGGCCUGGCUGUCAAGUUCAACAGUGAUACCAACGAGGUAGACGUCCCACUGAGUACACGGGUGGGGACCCGGAGGUACAUGGCCCCAGAGGUGCUGGCCGAGACCCUGAACAAGAACCACUUCCAGGCCUACAUCAUGGCUGAUAUAUAUAGCUACGGCCUCGUCAUCUGGGAGAUUGCCCGCCGCUGUAUAACAGGAGGUAUAGUGGAGGAUCACCAGCUGCCAUACUAUGAGAUGGUACCGUCAGACCCGUCCUUUGAGGACAUGCUGGAGGUGGUGUGUGUCAAAGGGCUGCGGCCCACCGUGUCCAACAGGUGGAACGGUGAUGAGUGUUUGAGGACCAUGCUGAAGCUGAUGUCUGAGUGCUGGGCCCACAACCCUGCCUCGCGCCUUACCAUCUUACGAGUCAAGAAGACCCUGGCCAAAAUGGUGGAAUCACAGGACAUCAAAAUGUGAUAUUUUACCCCUACGUACUCAACACAGCCCGAUCGAGAGCCUGAACUCCCCAGUGUGUCCUAAUGUCAUGAUGCAGAAUAUGUCACCUCUGUUCAGGAGGUGGGGGAGGAGAAACGGGGGGAGGGGGGGACCCUGUCACAGGGACUACUUGGACAUUGAGCCUCAAUCCUCAUGAAUCUCUAUAACCACAAUGGACAGACGCUGCUACAGAGGUGUUUUUUGACUAAAGGAAACAGUAUAGGUUCACUCUCCCGCCUAUUCCCUCCCUGGCCAGAGGAGUUCUUGGUUGUAGGAAGCAACGUACUGUGAUUUGACGCUUUCUGUGAAAGCCAAAACAUGACAUGGUGUGAGGGGGAAGGACAUGUGUCUGCUCACAUGUUGAUGGACAAAGUCAUAUUAUGUAGGAACCUUAGAGCCACACUUCAAACCAAGACACUGCCCUCGCAAUCGUCACCUCCCGCCAAUCAUGUUCAAUUUUUGCCUGUAAAUGUUUUAUGCCAAUUUUUUUUCCCCUCUUCAGGACAGUCUUCUCCUGCCAUAUUGAAAUAUAACUCUUGACUCUUAAGUAGAGUAAUUAUGAAAUAAGGUACUAUAAUUAUGUGAAUUUAAAUGUAAAUGUAUAUUGGAUCGAUAGAUGCUGUGCCUACAAAAAAGAACUAUACUGCAAUGGUAUUCACGUCCAGUGGGCUUCAAAUGCGACCUGCUUCAAGAGCUACGAGCAAUCCAGACAACCAAGGACAUUGUUAGGGGGGGAUACUCGACUUGCCUUAAAUCAACAACUCACUGUGCUUCCUAUAACAAACUUCAACUCAGUAACUUCUCCUGUCACAUUUGACAUGAAAAGGACAACUGGGGAGAAAAAUAUUUGAUGCAUAAUUCUAUUCAGAAGGAAAUGUGUAAAUAGGAAGUCAAUCUGUGUCCCGUCCUGUCUCUAUGCUUACCCCUUCUUCGUAUUUGUUCCUUUGUGUAUAUACGGUAUGCCUUCUGGAAGAAAUGUCCAGAACACUAAAUGUUGAGUCUUGUUCAUAGAUAUUAGAAGCUGAAUUUCCUUCCUGCUCUUCUCUAUUGCUUGUAAUUCCAUGUUGAGUUAUAGAUAUUCUAUGAGUGGCCAACUUUCAUAUUGCCAGACAUCAUGUGAGCUCGGCCAUUGGACUGCAGUAAUGAAAAAGUCCACGUUAGUUUGGAAAAUAUGCCAUAUUUUAUUAACUUAAAGUACAAAUAUAUAGAUUCCUCAAUGCUAUGGUAAAUGACAGUUACUUGUGCUAAAAACAUUUAGCGCUGUAAUGCCAAUGAAGUUUGUUGAUCCAUCAAGCUUCCUCAGGUGUGAGACAGAAUUACAGCCAAGUAAAGUGAACUUGCAGUAGAUUGCGACCCCGAAGUUCGACUGUUUCGAGACACAUGCGAGUACAGUUAAAGUCGGCAGUUUACAUACACCUUAGCCAAAUGCAUUUAAACUCAGUUUUUCACAAUUCCUGACAUUUAAUCUUAGUAAACAUUCCCUGUCUUUGGUCAGUUAGGAUCACCACUUUAUUUUAAGAAUGUGAAAUGUCAGAAUAAUAGUAGAGAGAAUGAUUUAUUUCAGCUUUUAUUUCUUUCAUCACAUUCCCAGUGGGUCAGAAGUUUACAUACACUCAAUUAGUAUUUGGUAGCAUUGCCUUUAAAUUGUUUAACUUGGGUCAAACGUUUAGGGUAGCCUUCCACAAGCUUCCCACAAUAAGCUGGGUGAAUUUUGGCCCAUUCCUCCUGACAGAGCUGGUGUAACUGCGUCAGGUUUGUUGGCCUCCUUGCUCGUACACGCUUUUUCAGUUCUGCCCACAAAUAUUUCAAGGGCUUUAUGAUGGCCACUUCAAUACCUUGACUUUGCUGUCCUUAAGCCAUUUUGACACAACUUUGGAAGUAUGCUUGGGGUCAUUGUCUAUUUGGAAGACCCAUUUGUGACCAAGCUUUAACUUCCUGGCUGAUGUCUUGAGGUGUUGCGUCAAUAUAUCAACAUAAUUUUCCAUCCUCAUGAUGCCAUCUAUUUUGUGAAGUGCACCAGUCCCUCCUGCAGCAAAGCAUUCCCCCAACAUGAUGCUACCACCCCCGUGCUUCACGGUUGGGAUGGUGUUCUUUGGCUUGCAAGCCUCCCCCUUUUCCUCCAAACAUAACGAUGGUCAUUAUGGCCAAACAGUUCUAUUUUUGUUUCAUCAGACCAGAGGACAUUUCUCAAAAGUCCGAUCUUUGUCCCCAUGUGCAUUUGGAAACCGUAGUCUGGCUUUUUUAUGGCGGUUUUAGAGCAGUGGCUUCUUCCUUGCUGAGCAGCCUUUCAGGUUAUGUGGAUAUAGAUACUUUUGUACCUCCUGGUAUUGAUUUGCACUUUUCGCUCCAAAGUACGUUCAUCUCUAGGAGGCAGAACGCAUCUCCUUCCUGAGCAGUAUGACGGCUGCGUGGUCCCAUGGUGUUUAUACCUACGUACUAUUGUUUGUACAGAUGAACAUGGUACCUUCAUGCGUUUGGAAAUUGCUCCCAAGGAUGAACCAGACUUGUGGAGGUCUACAAUCUUUUUUCUGAGGUCUUGGCUGAUUUCUUUUGAUUUUCCCAUGAUGUCAAGCAAAGAGGCACUGAGUUUGAAGGUAGGCCUUGAAAUACAUCUUCAGGUACACCUCCAAUUGACCCAAAUGAUGCCAAUUAGCCUAUCAGAAGCUUCUAAAGCCAUGACAUUUUCUGGAAUUUUCCAAAUUGUUUAAAGGCACAGUCAACUUAGUGUAUGUAAACUUCUGACCCACUGGAAUUGUGAUACAGUGAAAUAAUCUCUGUCAACAAUUGUUGGAAAAAUGACUUGUGUCAUGCACAAAAUAACCGACUUUCCAAAACUAUAGUUUAACAAGAAAUGUUUUGGAGUGAUUGAAAAACGAGUUUUAAUGACUCCAACCUAAGUGUAUGUAAACUUCCGACUUCUACUGUAUAUACAAGUCUGCAGGUUUGCUCAGUGCCGUUAUAUGUGCAGAGGGUAGAGCCAGCCCAUUGAUUACCAUUUACCACAAGAGGAACUGCAUUUUAGAUCUUUCAGUUUUCAUACAGGACAGAAAAGGGGAAAUAUGAAGUGAUAACUUAAUGUCCCCUCAUCUGAACCACUGUCCUUACCUCUUGACAGUCUGUUUGCCGGUGUGAUGAUGACGAGGAAGCCUGGUCACAGAUUGUGCCCAUGAUAAAUGAUGGUUCAACCUCUUGCAUAGGCUUUGUUUUGGCCAGUGUAUUCUUAAAACGUUCUCUUUCAAGUCCCUGGUCCUAUUGUGUCUGCUGUCUCUUCUAUCUAAUGUUGGCUUUUGCUUUACUUUUGUCCAUACAAAUGCGUAAAACAACAUAUGCUGUAUAGCUUUAGCAGUGCUUGUGGGUUUGCGCUCAUGAUGUGUGCUUAUGUUGGUUAAGUGUGCAUGUCCGCUGAAAUCCCAUGCAUCCUAGUGUGUGUGUGUGUCAGGACAGUUUCUAUGUGAAUUAAGCUAACAGUACAUGGUAGAUAUUUAAGAAAAAUACUUCACACAAGCAGUAACUCGUGUUUUCCUGUCGUUUGUAACAUGCAAGAAAACCAACUAGAAUAAUCUCUAAUGUGUAAAUCUUUAAUGUGUUGUUGUACAGCAUCUGGCCUUUAUGAGUUUACCAAGGAAAGAAAACUAUUCUGUAUACAGCCUGUCCAAUGUAUCAAUUUUUAAGUAAAUAACCUUAUUUUAGUACACAA